CGCGGGGAGGGCGGGGCGGGGCGGGCUGGACCACGGCGCAGCAUAAGCGGGGGAGGAGUAUAAAAGGAUGGGGGCUUGUCCGAAAACGCACAUUUCCUAAUCAACAGCCGUCUUAGCGAGUACUGGAUCCCCCCAGACCAGCAGCGCUAAACAUGAAGGCCUUCAUUGCUCUGUCUUGCCUCGUCGUCGUGGCUUCUGCCCGACCCGGCGUCCUCGUCAACGGCCCCCUCGGCUGGAACGGAGUCUCCGCCUACAGCGCGGGCACCCCCCUGGCCUCCCAGUACCACGCUCAGGACGAGCUCGGCCAGUACAGCUACGGCUACACCGGCGGCCCUGACCCGCCCACGCCGCUUCGACUCAUCGGACCCUCUCACUCUCUACAUUACACCUUUCCCUCUCUAUUCCAGGUCCAGUCCCGCAGCUACGUCGCCGACGCCCUCGGAUUCCGCGUCGCCGCCUCUGACCUGCCCGUCGGCCCCGCCCCCGUGGCCGCCGUCGCCCCCGUCGCCGUCGCCGCCCCCGUUGCUGCCGCCCCCAUCGCCGCUGGCCCCGUCCACGUGGCCGCCCUCCCCGCCCCCGUCUCCGACACCUACGAGGUCGCCGCCGCCAAGGCCCAGCACUACGCCGCUCAUGCCGAGGCCCGCGCCCGCAACGGUGACGGUCUCCUCCUCGCCGGAGCCCCCAUCGCUGCUCCCGUCGCCGUAGCCGCCGCCCCCGUUGCCGUUGCCGCCCCCGUCGUGGCCGGCGCCGGCCUCCAGUCCCAGUACCACGCUCAGGACGAGCUCGGCCAGUACAGCUACGGUUACGCCGGCGGUCUGUCCGCUAAGAACGAGGCCAAGACCGCCGACGGCAUCACCCGCGGCUCCUACUCGUACGUCGACGCCCACGGCCUGGUGCAGUCCCGCAGCUACGUGUCCGACCCCAUCAACGGCUUCCGCGUCGCCGCCUCUGACCUGCCCGUCGGCCCCGCCCCCGUGGCCGCUGCCGCCCCCGUUGCCAUCGCCGCCCCUGUGGCCGCCGCCCCCAUCGCCGUCCCUGCCCCCAUUGCCGCCCCCAUCGCCGCCCCCGUCGCCGCCCCCAUCGCGGUCGCUGCUCCCGCUGCCCCCGCCUACGUGUCCGACGACACCGUGGUGGUUGGAGGCGUCGCCGACACCCCCGAGGUCGCCGCCGCCAAGGCCGCUCACUACGCCGCUCACCACGAGGCUCACGCUCGUCUCGCCCACGCCUACUAAGCGCCCCGAGCCCAUCGACGAGUGCCAUACGUACGACCUUAGUACUGUACUCUUGUAGUACAUUGGAAAAGGUUCACCUCGCGUCAACAACAAGCGAGUGACUCUUUUUCCAAACGACACGCAGCCCUUCCCGGAGCUGCACGACGAAUAGACAUAAUCAUCUUCCUCCUUCGUGUCAAAAUGACGGUCUGUGAUCUGAGAUAAUUAGGAAAUCAACACGCCGCGUCCACCCUUCCAACGGAAACACCACUCAGCUUCCAAGUUACCGAAAGGUGGGCCCGUCGAGCUGUGUGAUAACGGUACAAACGAAUUCAACUGAAAAAACGAAUAAAAGUACAAAACAAUACUAAA